CCAUCACUCAUGACCAAAGUAAAACAAGCCUUCGCCGGAAUAUCCCAAUAUUACGGCAAGAGCAUUCCCAUGUCCAAAAAGAACAAGAAGCUCUUCUACUUGGCCUUCUUCACUUUUCUGCUUCUCGUUUCCAUUAUUACUGUUGCCAUUGUCGUCCGAGUUAGCACUGACAAUGUUCCUUUCACCCGAUCACACGCCGUCGUCAAAGUCUCUUGUAGUUCCGCAUUGUACCCUGAACUUUGCUUCUCUGCCAUUGCCGCCGAACCCGGCUUCACCGAGAAAGUCUCUUCGCACAAAGACGUCAUACAACUGUCCCUUAACAUCACUAUCAGAGCCGUACAGAAUAACUCCGUCUCCCUCAAGAAGCUCCAAACGAGAGCAGACCUCACAAAGAGAGCUCAAACCGCUCUUGAAGAUUGUUUGAAGAUCAUUGACCACACCCUCUAUGCACUUCGCGGGUCCAUCUCGUAUCUCAACGACUCCAGUUAUCACGCCGAUGACCUCAAGACUCUCGUCAGCUCCGCCAUAACGGACCAAGAAACCUGCCUGGACGGAUUCUCCCACGAUGACAAGGACAGGAACGUGAGGGAAGGACUGGGGGACGGGCACUUGAACGUGGAACGAAUGUCCAGCAACGCGUUGGCGAUGAUCAUGAACAUGACCGACACUGAAGAUUCCAUUACUAGCGGAAAAAUGAUGGAAGUAGAGGAAGAGGAUGGGAUUACGUGGCCGGAGUGGAUUUCGACGGCAGACCGUAGGCUUCUACAAGCUUCAACAGUGGAUGCAGAUGUGGUGGUCGCAGCAGACGGAAGCGGGAACUACACGACGGUGUCGGAGGCGGUGGCAGCAGCGCCGGAGCAGAGUAGCACCAGGUAUGUGAUAAGUAUAAAAGCGGGGGUGUACAGUGAGAUCGUGGAAGUGCCGAGUGAGAAGACGAAUAUCAUGUUUGUGGGAGAUGGAGCAACGACCACUAUCAUCACAGGAAGCCAAAAUGUUGUUGACGGGAGCACAACCUAUAGUUCUGCCACAGUGGCGAUAGAAGGAGAUGGAUUCUUGGCGAGAGACAUAACGUUCGAGAACACGGCGGGUCCGACGAAGCACCAAGCGGUGGCUCUGAGAGUGGAAGGCGAUCUCUCAGCAUUCUACAGAUGCAAUUUUCUUGGAUACCAGGACACUCUCUACGUCCGGAUCAAUCGGCAGUUCUUCGUGAACUGCCUCGUCGAAGGCACCGUCGACUUCAUCUUUGGCAAUUCCGCUGUCGUGUUCCAAUACUGCGACCUCCGAGCUCGGCUUCCCUUAUCAGGACAGAAGAACGUAGUCACUGCACAAGGACGAGUAGACCCCAACCAGAACACCGGCAUUGUCAUCCAAAAUUGCACCAUCAGAGCCACUCAGAGUCUGGAGGCAGCGAAUGGAAGCGUGGAAUCGUACCUUGGUAGGCCAUGGAAGGAAUACUCGAGGACAGUGAUAAUGGAGAGUUAUAUAAGCGAUAUAAUAAACCCAGCUGGGUGGUUGGCUUGGAAUGGGACGUUUGCAUUGGACACUCUGUUCUAUGGCGAGUAUCAGAACACUGGACCUGGUGCUAAUACUUCUCAAAGAGUUCAUUGGCAAGGCUUUAGGGUUAUUACCAGUGCUUCCGAAGCUCUAACUUUCACUCCUGGAAGCUUCAUUUCUGGCUCAACCUGGUUGGCCUCUACUGGGUUUCCAUAUGCCCUUGGACUUUAA